GACGUCAUGACGGUCGUGCUAAGAUAUGGCUGAAACAAUAGACAGGACCAGAGCAACAAAAUGGGAAGAUCCUCAAAAUCAUCUGUCUAAAAGUAGUCUAGAAGCAGCUGCCGAAGCAGCUGCCAGAGUGAAUGCAAUGCUAAUAGCUAAAGGCAAGCUAAGACCCUCAAGAAUUUCACAGCAACAGGCUUCCAGAGUAAAGUGUGGUAUUUCAGUUCCUGCUAACCCGAUGGUGGCUGAGGUAGAAAUAAAUGACGUGCCAAUAGGCUGCAGGAAUCUGCUGACAAGAGGAUCCACACAGGAUGAGAUAUCCAAGGCAAGUGGAGCUGCAGUAUCUACAAGAGGAAGGUACAUGACAGCAGAAGACCGUAUGAGGAAUACCGGGGAGCGGCCAUUAUAUUUGUAUGUGCAGGGUCCAACUCAAGACAGUGUGGAUUUGGCAGUGAAGCGAAUCAAUGACAUCAUAACGAAUGGGAUGAAACCUCGUAACACCCGAUUCUCACCAGCGAUUCCUCCUCCGGGUGUGCCUGGGCCCCGCCCACCAAUGUUAAACCAGCCUCCCCCACUCAUGUCAAUUAAUGCUCAACCUACUGGGCUGGCCUACGUCCAGGAAAAGUUGUUCAUUGGACUAGAACACGCUCCUCCAAAUUUUGAUGUUAAAAACAAAUUACUAGGACAUGGGGGCUCUUACCUGCAGCACAUCCAGAGCGAGACAGGGGCUAAGGUGACACUACGAGGGAAAGGUUCAGGUUUCCUGGAGCCCACAUCAGGCAGGGAGGCAUUUGAGCCGAUGCAUAUUCAUUUACAACAUGCUAACAUGAUGGGCCUUCAGCAGGCUAAACACCUGGCAGAGAAUCUUAUCCUCACGGUACAGCACGAGUACUCUCAGUUCCAACAAGCCAUAGCUGCAAUGCCUCCAACAAUCUCGGCCGGGACAGCCACCUUACUGGCUGGCAUACAGCACCCGACCUCAGUUGCUCCAGGCAUGUUACCUCCUCAGCAGCCAGGGAUGACAACAUUCACAUCACUCGCACAGCCAAAUGUGCAACAUUUACAAGAUGUACAUGCUGGCCCAGGAAUGCUCCCUAACUCAUCUAUUUCGACAAUGGUCUUCUCGACAACGAUACCCACUGUCAGCUCCAUGGCUCCUCCCACCUUUAUAUCACCAGCUCCCACUAACAGUGAUGGAGGCUCACAAUUGCUGCUGUCCUCUAUACCCGCUCCUAUGGUAACAUCAGGACCAGGUGUUAAUCUGUCUGGGCCACCUCCACCUGGCCAUGUACUCAUGGGCCAGCCGCAGUCUAUGGGGAUAGGGCCACCAGUGGCCCAGGUCAGCAUGUCUGGCCCACUAGUCACACAGAUGACACCUCCUCAUGGGGUGACUGUCCCACCUGGUAUGCAACUUGUGUCUCAGGCCACGCUCCAGCCAGUGCAACAACAACAGCCAGUGCAGACCUUCUUUGCUCAGAUUCCCCCAAACAGUAUCGGUCAGCCAGUGUCGAUGUCAGGCCCCCCAGUGAUGACCUCCGUGUCCACAGGAGGCUACACAGUAUCAUCAUCUGGGCAUACGUAUGGGGCUCCUGUCACAGGGCAGGAAGAGCCCAACCAGCCACAGAAACGACGCUUCAGAGAAGAGAAGGAGGAAGACAAGGUGCCAGAGAACCUUCUGGGAUACCAGCAUGGCCCACCACACUUAACCAAUCUGGUGACAUCCGGGCCGCCUCUCCCACAGCCUCUUCAGCCGGGCCAAACCAUCAGCCUCCAGCUGCAAGGUGUUCCUCCUCAACAGGUGCAGGGUGUUCCUCCUCAACAGGUGCAGCUAGAGGAAAGACAGUCACCAGUGUAUUUGGAGCACCCACCAGGGCAGGGCAUGCUGAUGACACCUCCCCCACCCCCUCCAGGGAUGAACCUUGACAAACCCCCAGACAUUGACAAGCAGCUCAUGCCUCCCCCACCCUCACGCAUGCACGGUAACAAAAGAGCAAAUGGGGAGCCAGAGAGGAAAAGAGUAAAAGGUGCUCUGGGAGAGGUUGCAGUGUAUGGAUCUGAUGAUGAAGUGGAUGAAGAAGGGGGAGGUAACUCGCCUAGCCAACGUGACCCCUCCAAAGGUCCUCAUCACAUGGUGCAGUUCUCUGGCAGUCCACCAGGAGGGAUUAAUCCCCAGACCAGCUUUGCUCAGCCUAUACAGCAGUUGCCUGUUCAGCCCCAGCAGGCACAAUUCCAGCACCCUCCUCCACACUUAGAGCAAUUCCCAGGUCAGCUACAGCCUCAGCAGUCCCAUCCUCCACCCCAGCUCUACAUCCAGCAGCAAAUUGGCCAGGGGCCACCCCAGCAGCCUUUCCCUCAGCCUCCUCAACCCUUACAACCACAGUUCCAGCAGUUCCAUAUGGCACCGCCCACAUCUCAGCACCCCACCCACUUCCAACAGUUGUCUCCCACCCACUCCACAGGCCAGUUUGUGCAGCGCGGUAUUCCUGAACAGCAUCAGUUUAACCCAGGCCAGCCUCUCCAGCAGAUCCAAACCCAACCUCCUCACCCAUCUCAUUUUAAUGGACACAACCAACAGAUCAUGCAGCCGUUUCCAGGACAACCGCCUCCACAGCAGGCCACACCCCCUCCCCAAUUUCAGACAGCUCCCCCAAGUGUGCCGCUAUGGGUGCCUCAGAAUUAGAUUGCGCCCGCUGUGUAUUCUUACUGUUACCGUCAUGUGUGAUUUGUGCUGAAGCAGGAGGAUAGAUGUGUUGCUUCCCUGACAUAAAGCAAAUGAGUACUGUGAACAUGUGAUUGCUGAUGUGUCACUCAAAUGAUAAAUACCUGGAUGUGUGCAUUAUUGUAACGAGACAUUAUGUACUCGUGAAGAAGCAUGUUUUUUACAUGACUGAGGAAGUGAUAUUUUCAGACUUUUGGAUGAAAAGAUAGGUGUGAAAGCUGUAGCACAGUUAUGACUGUAUCUGCUUAUGAUAGCUGGGAGCACAUGAAGCACCUGGGAUGUCCCAAAUUGUCACACAGAUUUUGAGAGAAAAAGAUGUCUUUUUUGCAGGCGAAAAUAUAAACAGUAUGAAUACAAGCUAGAAGCAUUCAGUACCACAGAGGUCAAAAGGAACAUUCACUUUUGGUUUCAAUCAGUAUUUUAUGUGACAUUAUUUGUGCAGGACAGUAUACAUGUGGACUGAAGCAUGUACUGUACUGUAUGUGCUGCACUGGACUGUGCUCUGCUGUGCAUUUAAGUGAUAUCGUAGUGUUCUGAACAUACCGAGGUAGGGAAUGAAUCCCUGAUAUGAACUCCUGGUGUAUCAUUGCUAUUGCGUGCAAUUCCGGAUAGUGAAUCAUGACAAUGUCCGUAAAAAACUUUACAUGAUGCAGGUGUGUUUUCUUUAUAGGACACAUGCUUGAAUCACUCUGGCACAUUCUAAUGGUGAAUAUGAGGAACUCUUUGCACAUGUGCUGUACAGUGUAAGAUACCUUCUAAAAUGAGGAAUGGAAAAAUGCUCAGUGUACAAGAAGAUUCUUCUACAGUAAACAGGAUGUGAGAAUUUAAAUUCAGUGAAAUUUAAAUACAUGUACCACUUGUAUAUAGGAUACCACUAAUUAAAAUGAAAUUCUAUAUUUCAAAGUUAUUCCAGGUGUUCAAAUGUGAUAUUCCUUUGAAAAGUGCGUACAAAAUGCAAGAGUGACUGCAAAUGUUAAGAAUACUCGCUGGUUAAUUUGACUUAAAGGUUGUCAGGUAACGUACCUGCCACCAGGCAGUUUAUGUUUAUUUUGCACUACAGUCAAAUUUCUGGCACCCAGUCAAGACUCCUGUUAUGAGAAACUUCUCGGUACAAUACUAAUCAUAUCAAAUCAUAUUUUUUUCCAUUCAGUUACACUGAUUAUUUAGUUUUGCCAUCUUAGGGCUUUGUAGACAGAAGAAUUGGGGCCGAUGGGGUUAGCAUGCAAGGGACUGCGCAAUAACCAAGGAGCCUCUCACCAAUGUUGUGGUUGUGAGUUCAAGUCCAGCUCAUGCUGGCUUCCUUUGCCAGCAACCUGUGGAUGAUUGUGGGAUUCUCCCGGGUUCUGCCUGGUUUCCUCCCAUCUUAAUGAUGGCCACUGUUGUAUGAGUGAUAUAUUUUUGAGUACAGCAUAAAACAUCAGUCAAAUAAAUAACAGAAGAAAUCCCCGUGAGUGCAUAAAUAUUGUGUCUUUCUAUGACUGGAGUAGGAAUUGUGCACAAGGAGCCACAGACACCCAUCAUAGAAUGUGUGGAUUAUGCUGUGUUUCCAUGAUCAUGUAGUUGCUUAUUCAUUAUUUUUGAAUGUCAUGACUCUGGACUGUAUUUAACUCUAUUAUUUUUCUACCCCAUCAAUAAAAAUUCUUGUCUGUUUGCUCUUCAUGCAUGUGAAAAUUACAGGGAAGCUAGUGUAUGUAUGUAAUUCCCACCGUCCAAAGAACUACUGGUCCAGCACAUGUCCAUGGAAACCCAUCAUUACAUGUAGGGAUGUGGUCUUGUAUGCACUGGCACGUGUGGUAUUAACACUGAUACAACCCAAGAUUAAGAGUACUUGAGCUACCAACAAAGGGAGACUGAACUACUCUGAAACAGCUGAAUUAAACAGAAAUAUAAUUUCAACAUAAUAUAUCAUGUUAGUAACUUGAAUGUAUACGUCCAAAAUACCUCAUGCUUUUGGUUACAUGUGAAAAUGUGUUGUAAGCACCGAAAUUCAUAGGGCCAACUUUGUAAAUAUUGAUGAGAACAUCUUGAAAUAUUAUGUUUUAUACAUUAUGAUGAUGCGUAUAAAAUUAAAUGUUCAUGGAGAUCAUUGCUGACAGACAGUGAUUCCAGUAUGCUCACCCUCCCCUCCACCUCGACAUCCAAACUUUGUGGGUUG